AUGCUCCAAAAUAUAGACGAUAACGUACCUAAUUUAGAAAAUGUUGUUAAUAUGAAUAGCUCUUCAACCGAUGAUACAAUGAGAUUGGCCGCAAUCACAAGGAAAACUGCACCUCCCUUGAAUUUGGAACGUGAACGCCGUAUGGAGGAAUUAUGUUGGUAUUUUCUUUUUCCAAAUGGCAGGAAUGGCUUUGGCGAGGAAAGAGAAAAUGCGUGUACCCCCCUUGAUUACUUUCAAAACCGGGUAAUGAGUAUUGACAAGAGGUUCAACAGAAAUGAUUAUUUAUUUUAUGCUCUAUCCAUUGUUGAAUAUUUUCGUGCAAAAUCAAGCGUAUCUGUGUCAUGUAGGAUGCGACAAGGUCAUGGAGAGCAAACACCACAGGGACUUGUAGAUAAUAUGCAUCUCACUAUGAGAAAUAUUCGAGGAUCGGCAUCAUAUUGGCAGAAAUGUUGCUCUGAAUUGAUUGCCAUGGUUAGAACUUUAGGGCCUCCCACAUGGUUUUUAACAUUUUCCUGCAAUGAUUUAAAUUGGCCAGACAUGAUAAAAGCCUUGCUUAUCGCUGAUGGACGUGAUAUCGAUGACGUCGAUCGCCUGUCAUUCCCGGAGCGCUUGAACCUAGUGCAAAAACAUCCGGUAGUGUUAGCACGACAGUUCACAGUACGUGUUAACGCUCUCAUGCGAUUCUUAAAGAGAAAUAAAGAUUGCUUGGGUGGUCUUAUUGAAGAUUUUUGGUACCGAGUGGAGUUUCAAAACCGCGGUAGCCCACAUCUGCAUAUGUUAGUCUGGUGUAGUAAUGUUCCGAAUUUCACCACUCCAGAAGGAGUUGCUGUAAUUAAAAGGGUGGUUUCAUGUUCAUUAACUCCUAAUGACCUUGUGUUGCGCAAAUUAGUUGAGGAUUUACAGAUUCAUAAACACACUGCGACAUGCAAAAAAAAUCGCCAAACUGAUGGUUGUCGAUUUGAUUUUCCAAAGCCAGCAAGUGUUAACACCGUUUGUCUUGGACCAGAUGAAGCACUUGCUAACAAUGGACGAUUUUGUAUAUUGAAACGAACCUCAAAUGAAACCAUGGUAAACAAUUACAAUGCAGUUCUUUUAAAUCUAUGGAAGGGAAAUAUUGACGUGCAACCGUGUGGUAAUGUCACCGCUAUGGCCUACUACGUCGCAAAAUAUGCCAGUAAAUGCGAACCACAUGACACAGGUGAUGUAAUUCGAGAAGCUAUUUCGAAUGCUAAGAGACAAGGUGGUGAUGUUUGGAAACAAUUGUUUUCAAUAUCAAUGACUAUUUUAAAUAAACGCUUGGUGAGUGCGCCCGAAUGCGCUUACAGAUUAUGCCAUUUGCCAUUGAAAAUGUCGUCGCGAAAGACUGUUUUUGUGAAUAGUUGCAGGCCGGAGGAACGUUACAGACUCCUGAGAUUUGAUAGUGAUGAAACCAGUAUUUACAAUAAUAUUUUUGAUCGUUAUGUAUUACGCCCAAACGAGCUGGAGAAUUUAAGCCUUGCGGCCGUCCGUUUUGAAACCGUCUCUAACACGACAUGGUCAGAGGACAAUGGGGAUGCGGAACUGAGAGACGAAGAUAUUACGCCAGAGAGGUAUAUCAGAUUGCAGGACAAUACGAGAUUGCGUGUAAGAAAUAGACCGGCAGUGUUACGUACCCGCUAUUAUACAAUUAAUAGUGACAAAGAAGCCUAUUAUUACGGUUUAUUAGUAUGCCAUAUACCAUUUCGUAAUGAAGGCGAAUUACUUUUCGAAAAUGAAACCGCUGAAGACUGUUUUAUAAGACGAAAAGGGGAUCUUCGCCCGUUGCAGGGUGACAUCAGUUCAGAACAAAUUGGUCAUGCCGAAUUAAUUAUUCAACAAGCUGUUGCGCAAGCUACCGCGCUUAAUGCUGCGCGUGAAACCGAUAUAGGCAAUGCUUCCAUGUUAUGUGUUGGUGAAAAAAUUUUACAUGACGAUGAUAACUUUUGUGAAGACAUGGAAGAACGAGCCGUCAUAUCAGAUGAAUUGUUCCUAGGAAGCAUUCGAGGAUUAAAUAUCCAACAGAAGGAAUUAUUUCAGAAAGUUUCAACGGCAAUCGAAAACGAUUUGCAUGGACAAGAAAGCCAGCUGUUACUUUUUAUCACGGGCGGUGCAGGCAGUGGUAAAUCAUUUCUGCUGAAAUUAAUCGUGGAGCACAUUAAGCGUUGUUACGCACCAACAGUAGAUAUACUGCUGAAGCCUAAAUUUGUGAAAGUUGGGUCGUUAACCGGGGUUGCCGCUCGUCAAAUUUUUUGUGAAUUUGCGGAUGGAGUCGCCGUUCGUAUCUUUCCCACGGUCAGGCAAGUCGACGAUUACAACGACAAAAUAACCAAGGAAAAUGCAAAGCUGCACCGAACUUAUUUAAUCAACGCAGUGGAUGAGUCGCGUGGAGUAGCGACAUAUGGUAGAAAACCACCAGAGAACGUGAUUCCCAAAGACGUCAAUAACUGUGGUGGUCUUCUGCCAUCGAUAAGAAUUAGCGUCGAAUCUCGAGUGAUGUUGAGACGCAAUAUCUCCGUCUCUGAAGGGCUAGUAAAUGGAGCUAUGGGUAUAAUAAAAAAAAUCAAAUGGCCGGCCUUGAGGAGAGAUCAACUGGAGGAUGGAGAGCUACCAGAAGCCGUGUACGUUAAAUUUGAUGACGAAACUAUCGGUCGCAGGCUAAAAGAUAGUAAUGGUUGCGUACCCAUACCUCCAUCAAGUACUACAUUUCAGGCAGUAAGCGGUUACGGAGAUGUGGAGCGCCGUAUGCUGCCUCUAAUAUUAAGCUGGGCAGUUACAGUUCACAAACUACAGGGUACGACCCUCGAAAGAGCUGUGAUUGACCUUGGAAAGAAAAACUUCGCAAAAGGGCAAAUAUAUGUGGCACUAAGUCGUGUUAAAAGUUUGGAAGGCAUAGCUUUAUCAGAUUUGGACGCCAACAAAUUAUUAAAUAAACCACACGACGACAAGUCGUUGAAAGAAAUGACGAGGUUACGAAAUCUGUCUUCCGACAAUGAAGACCACGCAUAA